AUGUCUAUUCCUGAACAACCAAAAAACAAAGGCAUUUUUCCUGCUCAACACGGAUAUACAAAUCUUAACGUUAAAACCCACACGUAUUCAGACAAGCCAACUCCACUUCUGGCACACCAAAAUAAAGCCGCUGGAUUUAUAUCAGAACACACAGAUAAAGAACAUACAAAAAAGUAUGCUAAACAAGGAGGGAAAACCAUAUUCAAUGCUUUGAUUGGUAUCAUAUGUCGCUGA